CUUAAAUCAGGUCAACCCUGUUUUUAACUUAUAUAAAAUCUAUGUUGAGCUGUUAUCGAUCUCAUUAUUAUUACUGCAUUUUAUGUAUAUACCUAAGUUGGAUAAUCUUAUAAUAACAAUUUUAUGAAACCAUGGACGACAUAGAAAUCAAUCCCUUAAAAGAAGAGACAGAUGUUAUUGAAGGAAGUAACUAUGAACCAUCAAAAUUUAAAGUUAUCAGGAAAAAUGAUACAGGAUUUCUAGUUCUCAUUGUUCUCUCAGGAUCAAUGUUUUCUCUAUAUCUCGGUUUAUCAUUCGUGUGGCCUUCGUCAGUAAUACCAAAAUUGGAAUCUAAUGUAACCGAAGAAAAUCCUUUAGGCAGACGUAUAACGACUUUUGAAACUUCUAUGUUAGCAGGCCUACCGAUAAUAGGGAUAUUACUUGGACCAAUAGUAAUAGGUUAUGUGUCGGAAUUAGUUGGAAGAAAAGGAUCUAUAGAAAUUGCGAGUCUCGGAAUAAUUAUUUCAAUUUUAGCGUUAUCAUCUAGUACGAACAUCAUUUGUAUUAUAACUUUUAGAUGCGGUUAUUCUUUUUUUGUUACUGGUGCAGCAAAUGUAUUUUUUAUUUAUGUAAUAGAAAUCUGCGAGGACCACAACAGAGCUAAGUAUAGUUGUUUAGCUCUUGCUUUUUCACCCAUCGGUUACACGUUAGGUUAUAGCAUUGGAGCAGCUCUAAAUUUUAAAAAUUUCAAUUUAGUCGAAUUAAGUCCAAUGAUAUUAUUAUUCAUUUUCUUCUUCCUUGCCCCCGAAUCUCCAAUUUAUAAUUUAUCAAAACACAAAAUAGAAAAAUGUAUGAAAGAUAUUAAAAGAUUAAGACAUAAUAAAAGUGAAAGAGAAUUGCAAAUAGAUUUACGUAACAUCUAUAGUAAUAUUCAAACAUCAAAGAAACUAUCGGAAGAAAAAAUGUUGUUAAUAAAACUAGUUAGUACAAAAGAAAAAAGAUACUCAUUAAUGUUGGCAUCUUCUUUAGCCAUUUUACAAAUAUUUUGUGCAUUCGGUAUCAUUAUACCGUUUAUGGAACCUAUUUUCAUAGCGACUGAAACGAAAUUCAACAGUAGUCAUUUACCUAUAAUUGCAGCUUCAUUCAAAGUUAUCGCUUGCAUUGCAGCGUCGUUUAUCGUGGAAAAAUGCGGAAGAAGACCACUACUUAUAAUUUCAGCAAUGGGAUCAGGAGUGCCUUUGUUGAUACUAGGUUGUUUCUUCUAUUUGAAAUAUAUCGAAUCUCCUCUAAUCCACCAAAUGCAAUGGUUACCUUUAGCCUGUAUUAUAAGUUAUAUUCUUUUGUCAUCUUUCGGAAUAUUUCUAAUACCAUUAGUAACUAUUGGCGAGUUAUUUACACCAGAUGUUCGAUCGACGGGUAUAUCUGUUGUAUCUAUAGUUUUUUCAAUGUUAUUAUUUUUUUCGUCGGGUACUUAUCCCUAUAUUGUUGAAUAUAUAGGCAUGCAUUGGUGCUUAUGGUUAUACGGAUCCUUAAGUUUAUUAUCCGCCCUAAUUAUUUACUUAAUAAUUCCGGAAACUAGCGGGAAAAGCAUCAACGAAAUACAAGUGAACAUUAAAGCACUUUGUAAUAAAUGAAUUCAAUCGAGAUUGAUUGAGUUCUAUAAAUUAUUAUGGCAAAUAUUUUAUCUUUCUAUAUAAUUCAUUGGGGUACAGAGAUUGAUCACUUACAUCAAUGUACUAAUCUUCAAAUACUUCAAACUUGUAUAACACGAGGCCUUUUUUCAAUUUCGGUUUUUUGUUCUAAAACUAAAUUACGUAGUGGUAGGAAGUGUGUCUGCGAAUUCCCUUGCUAUGCAACUGUCUCAUUUCGGGCUCCUAUCCCUGCGUCGUCGUCGAAAUACUAUUGUUACUCUCGCUAAGUUGAAGGAUGUAGAGCUGAGGAUAAACAUCGCUGUGUAAUGUAUCAAUGACUGUGCUUCGAGACAAUAAUAUAUGAAAUUGACCGUAGGUGAAAUGAAUCCACACACACUCCAGCAACAAACCAAAAAAAAAUCGAUUAAAAUUUAACGGACGAAAAUGAUGUGUUUCUUUGCUGAAAUCGAGUGAGAAGUCACCUACCUCAGAUAACUAUCACUAUCAUCUCCUUCAAUUAAUUGAGACUCUUCUACUAAUGAAGAACAUCAAGACGUUGUAAGAACCUACCUGAGCUUGCUGGUGAUAGACUGUAUAUAUGACUAUACAAAUGUUUUGGCAAUAAAAUCAGAGCUUUCGCUUAGUUUUUACAAGUUUCUCAAGAUUUGAAUUUAAAACUUACCAUAAAUUAUAUGAAUUCCCGACUCAGUGAACCAGUUGAGGUGAAAUAAUCAACAGAUUAUUCCUUGUUAAUCUUAAGGAUUUGGAAAUAAUAACAAAAUAGAUUGAUGCAAGUGUUCCCAUUGAAUUCAUUAUUUUAUUAAGACAUUAAAUCUAGACUCAAUCACUCACUUUGAAAAUUAUUCAUGUAAAUAUUGAUAAGUUUAAUUAGAUGUCAGGUGUUGCUAGAUUCUUCGUUAUAAAUUUUAUCGAUUGUCCAGAAUGUGUGCAUAUUCUCUUUACAAAAAAAAAUAGAAAAAUUCAUGCUUUACAUCCAAUACUAAAUUGUGCAUACUAUAAUAGAAUACAGAAACGCAAACUACAAAUCCUAGAGGUUUGCUCGAAAUAUUGAAAAUCUGCAUGCCAUAAAAGAGGCGAAACAUAAGCAAAAAUUUAUCAAAAAUGUUUUGAUACGUGUAAUCGACAAUCAACUACUCUUACCUUUCGUUUGUAAAAUAAUUUUUGAGAUUAGGUUAUGUGAACCAAAUUCAUGGUUCACAUACGAUAAUUUUCUUCUUAUUUUAGUCAAGUAAUUCAUCAAUUUCUUAACACUACGUAUUUGAUCAGGAGGACCAGUCAAUUUACCUCCAAUACAGCGGCUAGGUAAAAUCAGUUUGAUGUAACUAUACAAUAUCUAAUACAUCUCUGAAAAGAGUGGAUGAUGAAUGUGAUAAAAUUCGGAAUGAUUAAGAAUUUUUAAUAAGUAGAUCCUUAAAGUAAGGAUUGGAUUUAUAUAUUGUGGCCAAUGGCUAUUAUUUGGAGCAUAUUUCAAACAAUAAUGAUUAAAAAGCAAGUUAUAUCAAAUCAUAUCUGGUAUCUGAAGUUUGCGUUUCGUGGACACACUGUAUAUCUAGUCUAAGCAAAAAAUGAAAUAAGUAACUCAAAUAUAAAUAUAUUUGUUUGUGUUUUGAAGCAAUAGCUUCGUCAAUGUCGAUUAUAAUACAAACAAAUGUUACUGGUUGAAAUAUUUAGAAAACCAACUCGAGUAAUUUCGAAUUUUUUUCUUUUACCUCGUAUAUACCUAUUUGUAAUUAUUAGUGGUCUAAUGUUAGUCUCUGUGACCCAAAUAAGAUAAAAUGAUAAAGUGUAUAGCCAUAGAUAUGUUUUCAAGUAGGUAUCAGAAUUAAACAAAAAGAUAUUUUAUCUGCUUCAGGUCAAAAAAUAUCGAAUUUAACUAAAAACUUUUUUAAUUAUUGAAUAUUGGCUCUAACAAUGUAUGAUAUAGUAGUAUAUUAUAGCACUUUGAAAAUGCAUUAGCAAUUUACAUUUUCUUGGAGUGUAAAUGUUAUAAAUAACUAUUAAAGAGACCACAUUGUUUUCUUAAAAUUAUAUUUUCUCUUCUCAACAAUAAGGAAACUAUUUUACUGUGCUGAAUGUCAUCAUGUAAUCAAAUGCGUGUGAGAUGAACUAUUCAGAAAUACAUUUUGAGAAAG